AUGGCGCAGAGAGCGGAGAACGAGGAGCCGGAGCUCAAGAUCGUACCGGAGAACAUCGCGCUGUGCGUCAGCUGCGGCGUCGCCGGCAGAUACGCCCCCGCCGCCAGCAGCCUCUGCCAGAAAUGCUUCAAUUCGACGGCAGAGGCGAGGAGGCGCGACUCCGCGGAGAGAUCGCUCAGAUCCGGCUCGAACGCGCGGUCCUCGCCGGAGAGGACCUCGGAUCUACCUCAGACUAGCGGCGAUCCGGGGAAGGAGGAGGCGGCGGCGGCGAGGAGGAAGGUGAGCCGCUGCUCCGGCUGCCGGAGGAAGAUCGGGCUGGCCGGAUUCAGGUGCCGCUGCGGGGAGGUGUUUUGCGCGAGCCACCGGUACUCGGACCGCCACGACUGCAGCUAUGACUACAAGUCCGCCGGCCGGGAGGCGAUCGCGAGGGAGAAUCCGGUGGUCAAGGCCGCGAAAAUAGUCAAAAUUUGA